AUGAAGGGACUUUUCAGUGGAUUGCUCGUCUUCGCCUUAAUCCUGGUCCAGGCUAAUGGAGUGCCCAAAGUCAAACCUGCAAAGCCUGGUCCCCAGGUUCCAGCAGGUCUGUGCAAGACCAAACCAACUGACCUGGUCUUUAUCAUCGACAGCUCUCGGAGUGUACGCCCUUCUGAAUUUGAACAGGUGAAAGUGUUUGUGUCCCAGGUAAUCGAAUCCCUUGACAUUGGUCCAAAUGCCACCCAAGUUGGGUUGGUUAACUAUGCCAGUACCGUCAAAAACGAAUUCACCCUAAAUGCACAUCGCAACAAGGCCAGCGUCUUGCGAGCUGUCUCCCAGAUCCAGCCACUCUCCUCCGGCACCAUGACGGGCCUCGCCAUUCAAUUUGCAACGAACAUUGCUUUCAGUGAGUCUCAAGGGGCACGGGUCAAAUCCAAUGCCGCCAGCAAGGUUGCCAUCAUUGUGACUGAUGGCCGGCCUCAGGACCGAGUGCGGGAGUCAGCCACACAAGCCAAACAGAGUGGCACUGAGAUCUUUGCCAUUGGCGUAGGCAGGGCAGAGAUGAACUCACUGCGUGAGAUCGCCAGCGAACCUCUGGAAGACCACUUAGACUAUGUGGAAAGCUACAGUGCUAUAGAAAAACUUUCCAAGAAAUUCCAGGAAGCGUUCUGCGUGGUGGAUCUGUGUGCCAGUGGGGAUCAUGACUGUGAGCACAUCUGCGUGAGCAUUCCCAGCUCUUACAAAUGUGCCUGCAACGAAGGAUUCACAUUAAAUCCGGAUGGAAGAACAUGUGGCACUUGCAGUUCAGGAGGUGUUGAUUUAGCUUUUGUCAUUGAUGGGUCAAAGAGUGUGAGACCUGAAAACUUCCAACUGGUAAAAAAAUUCAUCAAUCAAAUUGUUGAUGCCCUAGAAGUUGGUGAUCAGGGCGCACGCAUUGCCCUUGUUCAGUACUCAAGCUCAGUCAGGACAGAAUUCCCUCUCAACAAGUUCAAAACAAGACAAGACAUCAAGACCGCAGUCAAGAAAAUGGAGUACAUGGAGAGAGGAACAAUGACAGGCCUGGCACUGCAACAUCUGUCUGAAAAAAUUUUUGUCCCUUCACAAGGAGCAAGAGAGAACAUCCCAAAAGUUGGAAUUGUCUUUACGGAUGGCCGCUCACAGGAUUACAUUAAUGAUUUUGCCCAGAAGGCCAAAGAUAAAGAAAUUAGGAUGUUUGCAGUUGGAGUGGGGAAUGCACUUGAGGAAGAAUUAAGGAUAAUUGCUUCAGAUCCAGUUAAGGAUCAUUAUCAUUAUACUGCAGAUUUCAAGACAAUGAAUAAUAUUGCAGACAAAUUACAGGUUAAAAUAUGCGUUAAAGACCCAUGUGCCUGCGAGUCACUUGUGGAGUUCCAGACAAAGGUCGAGAAAAUAAUUAAAACACUGACAUCAAAACUAGGUGCCUUCACAAAAAAACUGGCAGCUCUCGAGAACAGGCUUCUUGUCUAA